AUGUUCAUCGAGAGCAUGAUAGGAUCAUUCUACUUGCAGACACAAGUCGUGAGCAAUAACUGUUCCAAAGGCCGAUGCCCUGAAUGUAAUGCUGGGCCAAUGGCACUAAAAAACUUGUACGCGCUCAUGUUCGUUAGUGUACAGACUGCGCAUGAAGACAGCCGAAGCAAAAGUAACAAGGAAAACGAGCUUCCUUGUGGAAAGAUGCGAACAAGAUAUUCUUUACGGAAACGGGAUUGGCCCUCAGUCUCAAGCAAGGAUUUUGCUAUCCAUUCUCUUCAAUUUCGAAGAAAAAUACACAACACAACUCUCGAUCAAACUGUCAGUCACGUUAUUUGCCCCUCCUGCGGGGACAGCUUUACUUCUCAUAGUAAACUUGCUGGUCACUGCCUCGAAAAGCAUGGUGGAGAAAAUCCUGAUCAAGACUAUGCCAUCAUCCACGGUCAUCUAGAGAACUGGAGAACGUUCGAGGACUGGAAGCACGCAAAGGAAUUAUCAACUCAAACACAUUUCGUGGUCCGUACUUCACGUGAAUCGUCAAAAGGAAGAUCGAUUGCGUACGUUUGCCAGCACUCUAGAGGAGCAGGAGAAGUCGUCGACAGUUUGGCUAUACGCAGGCGUUACAGGAUUUCUAAACGGAUUCAUAGUCAUUGUUCUGCAUUUCUAAAUGUUGUUCUAUUGGCCGAUGGUCAAGUGGACUACAGCGGAAGCUUUGGCCAUAUUGGCCAUGUGAUAACCACCGCAACACUGCCGCUCUCCCCUGAAGAUGAGAAUGUUAUUGUCGAGAUGCUAAAAUCUGGUUUGACACCUUCUAUUAUUUUAACAAAAAUUCGAUCUGAACGAUGGGAUCCUUCACUUGAGUAUAACAUGCAGCCCCGUCUAUGCUAUUUGAGUUUGAAGGAUAUCAAAAAUGUUGUGGUACUAUUCAGGAGUAUAGCUCAGAAAAAGGGCCUUGUGGCCGGCAGGCUGCAUCAAAAUGAUCUACUGUCACUAGAAGAGCUUUUGGAGUCAUCUGCGGAUGUCGUAGAUUAUUCGUACAAAAAAUCGAUCGAUCCCACCGGCGAUGGCUUUGUUUUGGCGCUAAUGACGAAAAGCGGAAAGAAGUUUUUGGAAAGAUAUGGAUACAAAGGUUUAGUGUUUGACGAUACAUUUGAUGUAUCGCGUUACUCGUUUCGACUUGCAACAUUACUCGUAGUGACUGAUAGCGGCAGGGGAUUCCCCUGCUGCUUUCUAAUAUCAUACCGCAUGACAUCCGAAGAGGUAGCAGAACUAUUUCUUUUAGUGAAGAAAUCGAUCCCGGAGUUUGACACUCGAUUCAUUAUGACAGAUGACACGAAUGUAUUCUAUAACGCAUUUUCUAAUACGUUUCCUCAAAGUCGAGCUCAAAAAAUCUUAUGCUCAUUCCAUGUUUCCAAAUGUUUCCAGAGAAAAUUAAACGAAAGUCUGCAGUCCGAUGAUGCGAAACUGGGGCAGCGGUUAUUCCGAGAGUUGUUCCAUCAAGCACUCCCAUCUUCUUUUGAAAGGAAGUACGCUGCUUUUGUCACGUGGAUUAGCUCUAAGGAUCCCGGAGGACUUGUUGAAGUGAGUCGAAAUUUAAAAACGAGUGCAUCCAGUCUUAAUCUGAUUCUCAGUACAUGGAGAGAUGCUAUUCGAGUCGGAGAAGAGAAUGGGCGCCGUGCUACAGAAGAAUCGCCCCCUUCGCCACUUCCAAUCACGCCGAAUCUUGGCACAACACUCUCAAGCAUGUCCUUCUGCGUGAAAAGCAGAACAGUCGCAUGGAUAACCUAG